AUUCAAAUCCCAAUAAUGUCCAAGAAAUUUGUCUCUCUGUCGGUGUUUUUUUGGACUUGGUGUGUAUCUUGUUCAAGAUUCUCUUGCUGUAAUCCAUUUCUUUCCACUUUCACUGCAGCAAGCACCGCCAAAUCCCAAUUCACCUUCUCUCUCACUCUCUUUUUGAACUGAAACACUCUGUGAAUUGCAGAAUGUACUGUGUAAUAAGCAAUCUGUUCAUGGUAGGAAGUAACUAAAAACAGCACUGUAAUCCCCAUUUCAAAGGUGGGAAAGGACUGUACUCUUUGGUACCUACCAUUCUCAAUCUCCAUCCACCCAGAAUAGUAGACGAUCUACCACUACUUCAUCACUUGAAUCAGACUGUGAGAGGUUGAAGAGUUCAUUGCUUGCUGGACCUCACUGGGUAUUUAUUAUCUGCAACGACUCACUUGUCUGUAUUUACAUUUGUGCUGAAUCUCAGAAAGAGCCAUGGAAACUGAAGUUUUUUCUGUUCAGAGAAUAAAGCCCAUGACGAAGUAGGAAUAAAGUUUCAGUCUUGUUCAUUCUCCAGUAAAUUGCAUUGCUUUCCCUUCCAUGGAUACCCAGAUCAAGAACCAUUGAAGAUCAGCUUCAAUGGAGUUCUGGCAGUAAACCCGUUAAGAAGUAUGAGAGAAAGUUCUUGUCUUUUUCCCUCUUCAAGCUAGGAAAACCCACAAUGCCAACUCCGGCAGUUUCUGUGCUCCUCCUCCUAGCAUUGUUCUCCACCACCAUCACCACCGCAGGGUCACACCACCGCCACCUCCUCCACCAGCCCUUUUACCCCGUUAUCACCGAACCUCCUGUCCAGUCUCCCUCUCCGUCUCCACAACCGCAAAGCCACAAAAGCCAGCCCAAAUACCCCUUCACCACAACUCCCUCCACCCCACAAAAGCCCUUCUUCCCCUCCUCGUCCUCGUCUCCUCCUCCUCCUUCCCCUGCUAUCGUUGACACCUUUCCGGCCAACAUCUCCAUACUCUUCCCUCACCGCCAAAACUCAUCCACACACAGUCACCUCGUCAUCGCCAUCGCUGUUUCUCUAUCCCUUUUCUUCGCUGCUGUCCUCGCAGCCAUUUCUGCCUUCAUCAUCUACUUCCGUCACCACCAUCAUCGCACCACCAAGAAACCCCCGCGUUCUGACAGCCUCCGUCUCUUCCCGCCAAACACCACCCCCUCGGACGCCUCUCAGAAAACUCACGACAAUAACGACAAACGUCGAACACCAAACACAAGCACCGAAUUUCUCUAUCCUGGCACUCUGGUGAAUUCACGAGGAGACAACAACGAAAUUGUGUCAAACUCCGCCGGCGCUGGCAUUGAGAUUGGGGUAACACCCUCCCUGUCGUACCAGAGAUUGGGUUCACCGGAAUUGAAACCGCUGCCUCCCUUGCCGAUACUUAAUUACUUACACAGCAUCAAUAGCGGCGAAGUUAAAAGUGAUAGCGACGCAGAAGAAGAGUUCUUCUCUCCGAGAGGGUCUUCAGGUCGCAAGGAGGGUCUCAAUUCAAGUCCAAUUCGUCAAGUCUCUGCGUCGAGGACAGAGGAUCAAGUUCUACAGAGAGAGAGUUCUCAGUUCGGCUCGAAAAGCUUCAAUUCCAGAACGGCGUCGUGUCCGUACUCAAACCCCUAUUCUCCUUCAAAUUCUGUCUCCACCAGUCCCUCACCGGCGUCCAAUGUGAGUCCUGGAAGCCUGAAAUCGAGACCGCCGGAUUCCAUCAUUGAUUUUCCGGCCCCUCCGCAGGCUCUAAGUCGUUCACCAACGUCGAUAUCUUCAUCUUCGUCAUCUUUGCCGUCUAGGAGAGAUUUCGGGAAUACGCAGAUUUCGCAAGGAAGAAAUCGACCUAUCCCAACAAGAGAACCGCCACCACCACCCCCUCCUCCACCUCUGCGGUUUUGGGAGGUCCCAGUUGGCACUAGGCCCCCGGUGCUUUCGACCCCUUCAAGGCAUGGUGUGUUCCAAAAUCCGACGCCAUCAGCAUUGGCUAAUGAGCAAUUAGAGACAGUGACCGAGAAGAUUGAGAGUAAGAGUCAGGAGACAACACCAAAGCCGAAACUGAAACCAUUGCAUUGGGAUAAGGUCAGAGCUAGCUCAGACCGAGUAAUGGUGUGGGAUCAGAUCAAAUCCAGCUCUUUCAAAUUGAAUGAGGAAAUGAUUGAGACACUGUUUGUGGUGAAUAAUACGGGUUUGGGUCCAGAAGAAAGGAACGUUAGGCGGCAAGUCCUUCCAAUGCAGAACCAGGAGAAUACGGUGCUUGAUCCUAAGAAGUCGCAGAACAUUGCCAUUUUGUUGAGGGCACUGAAUGUGACUAUUGAUGAAGUCUGUGAAGGCCUUUUGGAAGGCAAUUCAGAUACAACAGGGACGGAGCUUUUUGAGAGUUUGUUAAAGAUGGCUCCGACCAAAGAAGAAGAACGCAAACUGAAAGAGUACAAAGACGAUUCACCAUUUAAGCUAGGCCCUGCUGAGAAAUUUCUUAGGGAAGUGCUUGACAUACCUUUUGCAUUCAAGAGGGUUGAGGCAAUGCUUUACAUCGCAAACUUUGAUACAGAAGUUGAAUACCUUGAAAGGUCCUUUGAAACACUGCAGACAGCUUGUGCGGAGUUGAGGAAUAGCAGAAUGUUUUUGAAGCUAUUAGAAGCAGUGCUGAAAACUGGAAACCGCAUGAAUGUUGGCACUAACCGCGGCGAUGCCCAUGCCUUCAAGCUUGACACACUUCUCAAGCUUGUUGAUAUUAAGGGAACUGAUGGGAAAACCACUCUCUUGCAUUUUGUGGUACAGGAAAUAAUCCGAGCCGAAGGUUAUCGUAUUUCUGGUGCCAAUUCGAAUCAGACGGCUGAGAAAACUCAGCAAGCUGCAUUUCAAGAUGAUAUAGAAUUUAGGAAGCUCGGUUUGCAAGUUGUUUCAGGUCUGAGUGGGGAGCUCACCAAUGUAAAGAAAGCUGCUGCAAUGGAUUUUGAUGUACUUAGCAGGGAAGUUGUGAAACUUGCUACGGGAAUUUCAAAGAUCACUGAAGUUGUAAAAUUGAACGAAGAAAUUGCAUUGAAAGACAAAAGCAACAAAUUCUGUGAGUCAAUGACCGGGUUCUUGAAGAAGGCAGAGGAAGAAAUCUUAAAAAUCCAAGCUAAUGAGAGAGAAGCCCUGGCGCUUGUUAAGGAAAUAACCGAGUACUUCCACGGGAACUUAGCAAAGGAAGAAGCUCAUCGAUUUCGAAUAUUCAUGGUGGUGAGGGAUUUCCUUUCUAUCCUUGAUCAGGUAUGCAAGGAAGUUGGGAAGAUCAAUGAGAGAACUGUAUACAGUUCAUUCCGUCCAAUGCCGGUUACUUCAAUCCUUCCACCAAUUUUCCCUGGAAUCAGUGGGAAGCAGACACACAGUUCAUCUGAUGAUGAAACCUCAUCCCCAUUUUAGACUCUUCCUGUGAUUGCACAACUUACUGGGAUCCAUUUGGAGAGUACAAGGGAAGUUGAGAUGGGAUUUGUGGGAUAUAAAGUCCAUUAUCCAUUUUUAUACAGUCAGGCUCCAAUUUGUAAGUUUAUCUAAUGUAAUGUCAUCCAAACACAAGAUUUUGGAUUUUCUAGUUGUGUAAUGUACAUAGAAUCAUGCAAUGAAAUGAUAAUAGCCUUUGCCAGAAUA